AUGGCAGCGGAACAACACCCCCUCGCUCUGCCAUCCACCCUCUCCCCUGAUGAUCUUGAUGCUCUCUCUGAACUCUCCAUCGUCCUAGCCAAGGUUCGAGCCGGAAUCCAGUCCUCGAACGGCCUCACAACCGGCACAGGCGCGACGCCGGGCGGCGUUAACACUCAUGGACAACAACUAUCGUUCAAGGAUGUUCCCGGCGCGACAGAUGGUUUGAAGCACAAGGUCCAGCAUGCGCGAGCCCAGGUUCGUGCUCUGCCGGACAUGGAUCGCUCUAUCGAAGAACAAAAUCGCGAAAUAAAGGACCUGGAAGCCCGGAUUGAGAAACAGCGGACACUGCUGGAAAGUUUACGACAAGGCGGUGUGAGGCUGGGCAAUGAGGACGGCACUGCUCUUGACGUCAAAAUGGAGACCUGA